AUGUUCUCCACCAGCAUCAAGGGAAGGUAUGACUGGAACAGUGAUACUGUGACUGUUACAACACACAAGGUGAAGUACGAAAUAAGUGCCAAUGGCACUAAGACAGCAGACUCUGACGACCCACUAGUUGAAGAUGCUGAGGACGAGCUGAAGAAAUGUCGCGCCGCUGUUUCGCACAUCGGCGAGGAGGUGGAAAAGAGCUUACAGGAGACCCAGAAGAUCCUCACAGACACCACAGAGAGUAUAAAGAACCUUCAGGAUCACUUCUCAGUUCAGCAGAGCAUGUUUCAGAAGAGCAUUGAGGAUUUUACCAAAAAGGUACAUGAGCAACAACUCAGAAUAGUGAAUAUGUUAGACGACCACCAGAAGCAACUCCUGAAACAACACAAGACAUUCGGGAAUAUCUUCAGCCUGGCUGCUGCCUCCUUGUUCCAGCGUCCCCUCUGAUGUUUCCCUCUCUUUCUACCAGAAUAAAUGAGAGUUUCGCGGCUGCAACACUUCACAAGUCAUCCACACUCUGGAGAGGGAACUUAAGACAAGGUUUCGCUCCCUUCCUUGACCAUCAUCAAGACCAAAGUGAGCUAGAGGCUAGCCGGAAAGUUUUCCCAUCAUUUUCUCAGCUGUGGUUUGAUAAUGGUCCAGGACUGGUCGAAACAUCGUCUAAGAGUUUUCUCUAUUAAUAAAGUAUCCAUGUCACUAACUGGAUUGGUCGAAACAUCGUCUAAGAGUUUUCUCUAUUAAUAAAGUAUCCAUGGCACUAACUGGACUGGUCGAAACAUCGUCUAAGAGUAAAUUCUGGUAAUGUUAAAUUUCUGGCCAGAUGUUUAUUAGAUUUUCGUUGGAAACGUUAAGGUCCAUUCACUGGCAUCUUUGUUGUUUGUGGUCCAAUUUCAAGUGUAACUUUAUGCUGUUGUUAAGGAGCAGUUUGCAUCCUAUACACAUGUUUGCAUGGACUUCUUGUUGCAAAGUUGCAAGAUAUUGCAAAAUUGUAUUUAUCAUAAAUCCCACCGAUUUCUACAAAAUUAGUAAGUUGUACAAUGUUCUAGUCAACAUCAGAUGAAAGAUAAAAAGUUAGAUUAUCUAGAUUUCAAACUUUCUUGCGAGAAAUGUCAAUAGAUUACAUUACAAAAACUUUUGAAAUUUGUUUUUUUUGGGGGGGCAUUUUUUGUGAGAAUAAGAGUCAAUAAAAACAAAACGGUAAAACAUA